AGAAGAUAAAAGACCAGCGAAGAAGCCGGAGGCCGUAAUAACGUACGAUACAAAUAUACGAUCAAGUUUACUACUCAGUAGCUGUCGUGUAAGAUAAACUUUUUGAAUGACUGUAAGAGUCGCUGGACUUAGUUCUACGCUCAGUAAAUAUCGCUAGGCUAAGGAAGAAGAGGAAUGAAUGAUGUCAUCACCAUCAGCUCUGACAGUGAUGAAUCCGGUUUGGAAUUUGUCGGCUCUUACAGCGUCUCUUCCGCCGAGCCAGAAUCCACCUCGGCGGUACUCGUUGGCGUCCACGACGCUAUCAUCAACCCACUUAUUCCGACUGGGGAGAGAGAAUCAACAAAGGCUGAUCCAGAAGUGAAGUUGCAUGAAAAACUAACAGACUUCAGUGAGACUUUGGCAAGGAAGGCCAAACAAGAGGAGAGCGUACUAAAAAGAACAUGGAAACAUGACAGCCAAGAAGACCCAGCGUUCACAUGCAACCAUGCACAAGAUGGGAUUACCAUUUCGAAGAGGGGGAUAGAAGACAUGACUGAUGCAGAGUCAAACAGGUUUGAUCAGCUCUCCCAGAGCAUUCCUGUUGACUCUCCCUGGUCCAUAUCAAAAACUGAAGACUUGGAAGACUCUUUAACCUGUGGGGAUGAAGCAGAGAAAGGCCGUCUCAAAGACAGUCAUCAGAAUGCGGAUCAAGUUGAAUUCAGGGGAGGCCAACAAGAAGAGGUCAACAUACCACAUUCAGAACAGGACGCUUCUCUUCGUUUCACAGAGGUUGCCACCCAGAGGUUAGUGUGUCCGGGACAACCACACGACACUGCAUUGUCGGGGAACAUACCCUCUUCAUUCACCCCUGCCUCAUCUCACACAAGCAACAGCCAAGAAGACCCAACGCGGAUCACAUGUGACCGCGCACAGGACAGGCCCACCAUUUCAAGGUUGGAGGUGGAAGAUGGAAUUGACGUGGAAUCAAACAAGUCUGAUCACCUGUCCCUGAGCAAUCACGUUGACUCUCCUGUGUCCAUUUCCAGAAGUGAAGAUUUGAAUGCCUUCUGGGCAGGUCGUGAUGAAUCAGAGCACGACAGUCCAACGUAUUUGAUGUGGCAAAGAGACAGUGAUGGCGAAGGGAACGCUGGUGUUGAGCACAGGGGCGCCAGUCAGGACGAACGGCAUUUUGUUUGCCCACGUGCGUUCCAGAAAAUAAUGGAUGGAUUUGAAGAUACCCUGAUGCAUGAGGAAAAUAUGAACUGUGACGAAUCAACGGUUGACUGCCACCAAAGCCUCAGCUUAGUUUACGCCACCAUGGACGAGAAGUGCCACGAAGGCACGUUGCAGCUUUUGUCGGACCUCCUACAUCCCGGUUGCCGUCUUCCCCAAGAUGUCAUGUCCCACCUGCUAAAUGGCAUCCUGCUGAACCCGCUAUGUCCGCCUCAAAUCUGUGUGCAGGCCUGGAAUCUGCUGAUGAGGGCACAAAGACACCACCUGGUUGAUAAAGACACAGUGCCGUGGAGCUGGGAGAUGUUGACUGCAGUCAUGUCCACUCAGGAAGGGAAAAAGAAGCAUCACCCAGCGGUGGUGCGCAUGCUCCUGGAGUAUAUUGUGCAGACUUUGGAGGAUGACUUCUCUCACAAAAAGUCCACGUCUGAACUCCAUCAAUCCAUCGCAAGAGCUACAUUGUCGUGCAAUCAGCACUUCCAACAAGUACAGGAUGUCAUUAAGUGGCUGUUUUCUUCCAUUAUCAAAUCGACUGAAAAUGAGAAGACUAGUAAAGCUGCUAGAGAAGAAGAUGAACAUAUCAGAAUCGUGUCCAUUCUCCAGAGAAUGUUGUGUCUGGCUUUAGAGGCCGAUCGCUCUCCUGCAAUAAGCUCAGACAAGUUGUCCCAGGAGCUCUUUUUCACACUCAUCAGCAUCAAGCCCCGACGAGCACACAGGUUACUGCUGCUGGACAGCCUGAAGAGUAACCUGCUGAGAUGGAAGCUGCUGGAACAACUUUUGGACGAUGCGUGCCCACUGAAAACACCUGUGCCCAUGUCGCUCGGUCGCAUCCUGCACUUUCUGGAGAACUGCACACUGGUUCCAGACCCGACGGACGAUGGCAUACGUUGGAAGAAAUGGGAGGAGUUGGUUAAACACCUCUGGAUGUUGCUCGUCAGCUACAACACAACAAUGAAAGGAUUUCUGCACAACCCAGCCAGCAAGCAAAAAAGACAGCCAGGCUUCUUUGUCGACAAGAAGGAUGAUAUGCUAACAAAAGCAGACAUUUGUAAAUCCGUGGAGGCCUUUCUGUCCAGAUCUCAGGCAGACGUUGGCCAAGCGUUGCCUUUAGACGUGGAAGAGUCCCUCACUUAUUUACAGAAUUUCCUUCUUGAUGUCUGUGAAGGUUAAAUGAGGGGAAAACAGUUGGUUGGCACUUGUUGAAUAUUGCACGCUAUGUAAAAUAGGUCUUUUUAGAACUACAAACAAAUGAUUGCUUAUACGCAUGUAUAUUACGUGGAAAGAUUCGUUCUGUAUUCAUAUUGAUCUUUUUUUUUUUUAAAUUGGGCACAGUGUACAUUAUUGAACAUUUUUGGCUGACAGUGUUAACUGUGAAUUACAAAGAUUAAUCAAAUGACUUUCUUUUUUGUAAAUGUUAAACUAGGCGUUUUGUAUUUAUGAUUAUAGGUAGCAAUUGUCCACGUUAAGUUUGCAGUUGAGCUUGUUGCUUGUCUGGUCCAGCUGACUUUGAGUGAGAGGCAGGAUGCAUCCUUGAAGCCUGUCAGUUGGAAGCCACAUUGCUAAUUCACACUAGACCUUUUAUUAAGAAACAAACAGGUUUGUAGCAACAAGCCUUUCAUGAUGAACCCAAGAUGAUUUUUUUCACUCCAUUAGUGGUUGCACUUGGACU